AUGCAGGAGCUGCGCGCCCACCAGUGUGUCCUCGCCGCUUGUAGCGAAUACUUUAAGAGGUUGUUCUGCGGACCGGAGACUGCAAAGCGCAUUGAGUUUCAGCAGCGCUGGCCUGUGGUGCAUCAGCUUGUACGCUGCAUGUACGGUGCAGACAUAGAAGCGGGAACAGACCCCGAAAUUGUCUUAGAGUUCGCGUUGUCUGCACAGGUCUUGGCCGAGGCCCGCAAUUUAGAAGUGAACUGCCUGAGCAUUGAUGAUUGUCUCUCGCUCAUCGUGGAUCAGCUUUCAGUUCAAAAUUGCGCUCGUAUUCUGACGCAUGAUGAAGUGGCUCAUCACAAGGAGCUGUCUCGCCAAGUCUGCGGAUAUAUCGUUAAGCGCUUUGCUGAUGUCGUGCGAGCGCCAUCGUCAAGGCAGCAACUGCUGCAGAUGCCCCGGAACCAAAUAGUGUACAUGGUCCGGGAGCUAUGCCGACGCUGCGACAAUAAUACAGAUGCUGAUCUGAUUGUUCGAUUCGUCGUUGACUGGAGCUCAUUUGACACAGUGUGUGAGCUUCUGAGAGACUGCAAAUUGUGGGAUUGGGCUGUAGAGCCAGGGGCUCUCUCUAUCUUCCGAGACGAAGAUACACCCUUAGGAGCUGUCCCGUCGAACUUGUUAAGCGCAGCUCAAUGGCGCAUUAGCAACUUGAAGAUUGCCUUGAGAGAGUCGCUUCCUGCGAAAUUUGUCUGCGGUACCUAUUUUGAUUGGAGUGUUCGACUUGAUAUCGCUGACGUUACGGAGGCUGAUGAACUGACUCUAAUGGUGCAGAUGACUGAAAUUCCCUUGGUGUCUCUCAUUCUUUACUAUUUUUCGUCGGAUCUAAAUCAGACGCUGGCCCAAGAAGACAUUCUGAAUCGCCUGCCCCAUAUUGAGUACCGCUGCCUGAGCUCCUACACUCUUUUCCACCAGAAUGCGCCGGCUCUCACUUCCUCAUGA